CAUAUAUACACCGGCGACCAUGACCCGAUAGCCAGAUCUACUCACCAAAAAUCAUGAAGGACCCCUUUCCCAUCCCGCCGCCAGCGUGGCUCAUGUCCACGACCCAACCUCUUGCCGACCUGCUUGCCCUCCCAACUCUACCUCUCCACGCACACGAGGUCCUAUUUGCCUUGCUGCUGUAUACCUCCAUACAGACCGUAAUCUCGCCUUUUGUCAGCUCGCGCGUCUUUCCGGAAAGAUAUAAGAACUUCAACAAGCGAACACGAAUCAACUGGGACGUGCAUGUGGUGUCCUUCUUUCAGUCAACCCUCAUCAGUGCUUUGAGCUUAUACGUCAUCUGGUAUGAUGAGGAGAGGAAGGACCUUCGGCCAAGAGAAAGGUGGGAAGGUCGCGUAUGGGAGUACACAGGCAUGAGUGGCAUGUGCCAGAGCUUUGCGCUGGGAUACUUCCUAUGGGAUCUGGUCAUGUGCAGUUGGCAUGUUGACAUUUUCGGUGUGGGCAUGCUGGCUCAUGCUGUCAGCGCUGUGUCAGUUUUCGCUCUCGGAUACCGACCAUUUAUUUACUUCUAUGCCCCCAUAUUCCUGCUUUACGAACUCUCCUCACCCUUCUUGAACAUCCAUUGGUUCUGCGAUAAGCUCGACCUCACUGGAUCACCUGUUCAGGCUAUUAACGGAGUCUUCUUGGUUGGCACCUUCUUCGGCUGUCGCUUGCUCUGGGGCAACAUUUCAUCUUUCUGGGUGUUCUAUGAUGCCUUCCAUGCUCAUUUCUCCACCACAGACCUGCUGCAGAUAUAUAGAGAUGAGCAGGGUCAAAGAUUAGCUUUCGCAGGAGAGCAGAACGUGCCAAUGUGGCUUGCCCUGGUCUACCUCGCAAGCAAUUUGACCCUCAAUUCGCUCAACAUCUUCUGGUUCGGCAAGAUGAUUGAGACUAUCAGAAAGAGGUUUGAUCCACCAUUUGGCACGAAAGGAACCUCUGAUGAUGACGCACACGACGCCUCGGCUGGAACGGACCCCACGACUCAGCUUUACAGCAAGCCAAAAGGCAGCGUCAAGAAAGCUCGUGAAAUAGCCGAAAAGGCAAUGGGUGAGCCUGUGGCAUCAGAAGAGCACAUUCAGAUUCAGAGGGCGACCCGUGGAGACAGCAAGAGUGUUGAAGUCAGCGGGCAGAGGACCUUGAGGACAAGGCGGAAGGCUUAGUACUCCGUCGCCAUUGCCUUGGGUAUUAUGCUUUUGGAGGCCAUUGUGAUUCCAUGUUCGGCUUGGGUUCUUAGAACACCGCAAGGAGAAUCUUUUGCUUAGUUGUUUUGGGCAAGCGAGGAGUACAUCCGGAUUCAGCGAUUUGACAUAAAUCACUCACAUUAUGCACAUAUUAGGAGAGCAUGGGCUAUGAUUGAUGAGAGGUAUGCAGAGUACUCGUAGCCGAGCCUAAUAACAUGACUUUGAAUG